AUGGCAACUUACGGAGACCCCCCGCUCCCUGUGCCGCCGCCUGUGACACCCAGCAAGCGCUCCAAGAAGGCUCCUCAGGAGAUACUCUCUGACUUCUGGGACAAGUUCCAUUCAAAACACCCCGGAAAGGUGACAUCCGUCUUCCCCCGGUCUCUCUACGCCUCUCUGCUCCCCGACUUCCAAGCGCGGGGCGCCUCGUCCGCCCGCAACGCCCAAGAAUCGUAUGAGGCCGCCGCCCGUGAGUGCAGGGAGAAGGUGAAGCGCAUCAUCCGCGAGUGUGAUCGCACCAACGAAAAGUACACCGACGCCGACUUCGACAUCGAGCGCGAUCCCUACAGCAACUGUCUCAACGGCCUCAUCCGCGACGGGGACUUUGGCCCUGGUGGCAGCGCCGCCGUCGUUGACGGACCCAAUGUCAGCAGCUGGGAUGUCAAGAAUAGCCUCGACACCCUCGCUGCCGCCCAGGUCUUGGGCCCCAACUCCACUAUUCCAUUUGACCCGGCCGCCGUGAGUCGCUUUCUCGCAAGCGAUGACAUUUGGAAUCCCCUUGCCAACGCUGGAGAUCGUUCGGGCAACCGUUCAGGAACAAGGACAGGGGCAAAGUCAGGCCCCGUCAAGGCCUCGAAGCGUGGCGGUGUCCGGGGCAGUGAAUGGUACAGCCCAGGGUCGAUCCAUCGUGUCGACUGGAUCUUUGAGACGCCUCAGUUCACAGUCAACGGCUAUUCCUCCUCCGAUAUCAAGCAGGGCGCCAACGGGGAUUGCUGGUGGCUCGCUGCCGUUGCAACCAUUGCACACCGCAAGGACCUCAUGCAGAAGGUUUGCGUUGCGCGGGACGAGGAGUGCGGUGUGUACGGCUUCGUCUUCCAGCGCGACGGCGACUGGAUCUCGACUGUCAUCGACGACAACCUGUACCUCAGGGAUUCUGAUUUCGACUUCUACGGUGAUGUAUACGAUGCCAGCGGCAAAAAGGCCCGGCUGCACCGCAAGCGCAACCAGACGGGGUCCGACGCGUUGUACUUCGCCCGGUGCGAGGACCAAAACGAGACCUGGCUGCCCUUGCUUGAGAAGGCCUACGCCAAGGUCCACGGCGACUACGAGGCCAUCUCGGGUGGCUGGCCAGGCGAGGCGGUCGAGGAUAUGACGGGCGGUGUCACGUCGACCAUCGCCACCAACCGAGUGCUGCGCAAGGACAAGCUCUGGAAGGAGCUUGUCAACUCGGAUGGCGAGUUCGUCUUUGCUCUGGCCGCCAUGGGCACCGGUUGGGACUGGCGGAAGAGCGGCCUCGCACUUGGCCACGCGUACUCGAUCCUCCAAUCCCGGGAAGAAGUAGACGAGGACGGCAAGAAGGUCCGCCUCGUGCAAAUCAGAAACCCCUGGGGCGAAAGAUCCGACGGCGGCGUCGGCGAGUGGAACGGCCCCUGGUCCGAUGGUUCCAAGGAGUGGACGCCGUACUGGUUGAAACGCUUCAACCACACUUUUGGCGACGACGGCGUCUUUUGGAUGUCAUACGAAGACAUGCUGUCGACCUUUAUGUAUAUUCACCGCACCCGGCUGUUCGAUGAGAAGUGGACCGUUGUGCAGCAGUGGACGUCGGCCAAUGUCUCUUGGGUCACGGGCUACCUUCAGACCAAGUUCGUCGUCGAGGUGAAGAAGUCGGGCAUGGUCGUAAUCGUGCUCACGCAGCUCGACGACCGGUACUUCCACGGCUUUGAGGGCCAGUAUUGGUUCGAACUGCACUUCGUCCUACAGAAGGCGACCCCGGAAGCCGCCGGCGACGGCGCCAAGAACGGCGGCGAAAGCAAAGACGCCCCCGAGCCGGAGCAGAUCUGCCGCGUCCGCCCCGUGCACAAAUGGGAGAACCGGUCCGUCAGCUGCGAGGUCGAUCUCGAGCCGGGCGUAUACGAGGUCCUCCCCAAGGUCACGGCCGCGCGCCACCACAACGGCGACGCCGCGAAGCCCGUCGAGGACGUCGUCAAAGAGUACGCGGAGCGCAACCCGCAGAAGCUGCGGCAGGUCGGCCUGCAGUACGACAUCGCGCACGCCAAGGGGGGCGUGCGGGACGAGGACGAGCUGAUUGAGAAGAAGAAGCUCGAGGCCAAGGCGAAGAAGGAGAGCAAGAAGGCCAAGAAGAAGAGGAAGCAGAGGAAGGCGCUCGGCAUUGCUGCCAAGGUGCUCGAGGAUUCGGCCAAGGUUGUGUCGGACAUGGCGAACGAGGGCAAGAAGACCGACGAGGCCAAGGGUGAAGUCAAGGCGGAACCGAAGACGGAUUCUGGGCAGGAGAAGGAGAAGGAGAAGGAGAAGGAGAAGGAGAAGGUGUCCAGUGGCAGCAGCCAAAAACCUGCCACCAUAGACGACCAGCCAGCGGAUCUCGCCAGUUCUUCCAAACCCGCAGAAGGACCCACGACGGAGCCCAAGAAGCCUGACGAGAAGAAAGACGAAAACAUGGAGAAAAAGAAAGAGGAGAAGGGGGAGGAGGGGGAGGAAGCCGUCACGGCCGCAGAGGCGUCCGCCGUACCCCCGCCGGCAGCCGCAGAUGCAGAGGCCCCCCCCGAAGAGGCGUCGGCUGAGAAGGAAGACUCGGAGUCGGACUCGGACGCCGAAUCCACCGUUGAAGACGACGACGACGAAGCGACUGGCACGCCUUGGAAUGCCGUCUGCGUGCUCGGGCUGCGGGUGUACGCCCGGGACCCGGAUGUGGCGAUCAAGCUGACCACGCCGAGCGACGCGGAGGAGGCUUCGAGUCUAAUUGUCGACGGGGAGGCCGCCGGUGCGACUGCGUAG